AAUGCUAACAUCUCGCUAGUGGAAAGUGAACUAGCUUCACUACAUGUAGAGAUACUUUUAAAUGCAGUUGAGGUUUGCUGAAAUCAGAUGUUUUUAGCACGUGUAAGUGUGUUGAAAGAUUUCGGGGCGUGGCUGUGAGGAUUUGUGUUCAUUCAACUACAAGAGCGUUAGUGAAGUUGAGGUCAGGCGCUGAUGUCGGGAUGUCGACGAGGCUCCAGUUCCAGUUCAUCCCAAAAGGUGUUCAGUGGGGUUGAGUUCUCGAGUUCUUCCACCUUAAUGCACAGGAUCAUCGUCAUGCUGGAACAGGUUUGGGUCUCUUAGUUCCAGUGAAGGGAAACUGUAAUGCUAGAGCGUACAUACAAGACCUUCCAUGCAAUUGUGUGCUUCAGACCAUGUGUCAGCAGUUUGGGGAAGAACCUCAUAUGGGUCUGUCUGACAGGCCAGGGUGCACAUACUUUUGGUCAUAUAGUGUAUGUUUGUGACACUGUUUUAUGUGAUUCCUCCGUAGUUAAAGAAUUCUUGGCCCUCGCCAGGGAAGACUUCCUCAGGAAAUGGGAGAAUCCUGCUCAGAAUACAGCAUCUCUGGACCAGUUUGAUUUGCUGAAGACUCUGGGAACAGGCUCGUUUGGCCGCGUGAUGCUCGUCAGGCACCGGGAGAAUGGCCAGCACUACGCCAUGAAAAUCCUCAACAAGCAGAAGGUGGUGAAGUUGAAGCAGAUUGAACACACUCUGAAUGAGAAACGCAUCCUGCAGGCAGUCAGUUUUCCUUUCCUAGUACAACUUGAGUACUCCUUUAAGGAUAACACUAACCUGUAUAUGGUGAUGGAGUAUGUUCAGGGAGGAGAGAUGUUUUCACACCUGCGCAGGAUCGGCAGGUUCAGUGAACCUCAUGCUCGGUUUUAUGCAUCUCAGAUAGUUCUGACGUUUGAGUAUCUUCACGCUCUGGAUCUCAUCUACAGAGAUCUGAAACCAGAAAACCUCCUCAUCGACCAGCAGGGCUACAUACAGGUGACAGACUUUGGCUUUGCAAAGCGUGUUAAAGGUCGCACAUGGACGCUGUGUGGUACGCCCGAGUAUCUGGCUCCGGAGAUCAUCCUGAGUAAAGGUUAUAAUAAAGCGGUAGACUGGUGGGCUCUGGGUGUGCUGGUGUACGAGAUGGCAGCCGGGUAUCCUCCGUUCUUCGCAGAUCAGCCAAUCCACAUCUACGAGAAGAUCGUCUCAGGAAAGGUGCGCUUUCCCUCACACUUCAGCUCAGAUUUGAAGGAGCUCCUGCGCAACCUGCUGCAGGUCGACCUCACCAAGCGCUACGGCAACCUGAAGAACGGCGUCAACGACAUCAAGGGCCACAAAUGGUUCUCCACCACUGACUGGAUCGCCAUCUACCAGAGGAGGGUGGAGGCUCCAUUUAUCCCCAAGUGCAGGGGUCCGGGGGACACCAGCAACUUCGACGACUAUGAGGAAGAGGAGAUCCGAGUGUCCCUCACUGAGAAGUGCGGAAAAGAGUUCGCCGAGUUCUAGCGUGUCCGAGUGAGAUGAGCGAGCGAGAAUUAGCAUGAUGGAUGUUUUUUUUUUUCCUGUGUGUAGAAUCAGCGCAAGCAGCUAAAAGGAGUACAGCGACGAGCCGGAAGGACAGACACCGUUGCCUUCGCCAUCCCGCUUCCUCGUCCACGUUCAUCACGUUUAUUCUUAAUCGUUUAUUUCUGUCUCCAUGCGGUUCGUCACGGCGACAGGGACACGUUCGAAGAGUCCUCACCUCAGGAGCACUCGACUCCGCCCGGCAUCUCUGCCACAGACUGUUGCACAAUAAGUGACACGUUUUGAUGCUUGUUUCUUUUAGGCCUGUGUGUUGCUGUACUGUUUUAAUGCGUUGAAAGGAUGACGGUGAGAAAAAGCCAUGAUUCUAUAAUGUUUAUAGUGUCGAGUAUAGAGCUUAUUACGAUAUUAUUAUUAUUAUUAUUAUUAUUAUUAUUAUUAGUCCCUGGAUCUGCCUGCGUCUCGACGUGCCGCGCUGAUCAGUCUCUGAAGUGUCACGUAUGAAAAACGUGCCAUCAGAUCAGAGCUCGUUGACAGAGCUUGAUGGUUGUUUAGUCGGAUUAACGGUUCUGACAUGUCCGCUUAAGUCCAGAAGCGUGUGCACUCUGCGCCCUUUAACAUGUGGAGAGGUGACUGAGAAAAGGACCUGACAUGACACUUUCAUUUACACCUUUGAUGUUGUUUUUUUCCCUGAAGGGAUUUGCGUUUUGUUUUUGUUUUUUUUGUUCGCGAACAGCUGUUUCAGCGCUGCUGUAUUUUUUCAGGACGUUAAAAUCAGUUUCCAGUUUCAAUUCUUUGGCUCUGCAAGCCGAUUCUAUAAACCGCGUGUAAAUCUGAUACGCCGUAUUGCUCAGAAAACGAAUGAAAGCGUUUUAUUUGUAUGUGCUACGAGUUGUGAUGUCACAAACGCACCAACGUAGUCCAUUUCUGCUGUAUUCGCAUCACAAAGACACAUUCGUGCUGUUUUAGGCUGCUCCCACACUUUAUUAAAAAAAAUGUAUUUAAAAAAAAAAAAAAACGCAUCACAAUUCAAAAACCAAAUGGGAAGCAAAUCACCGGAUUUUGGCUCGGUAUCGGUAUCAUGUACAGCUGGAAAUACAGUGGUAUCAGAAUGAGUAAAAAUACAGGAAAGUAACUGGCCAGAGUGUCUUUCGUGCUGAUAUGAAUAAGCGAAUCACGCAAUACGCACACGUUCUUAGCAGUCCUAGCUAAUGGUGGCUAACUAGCCUAGCGUGCUCUCUAGAUUAGAUUUUCUUUAUUAUCAGUAAUGCAGACAGAAUACAGAUCGGUGUGAAUCUGGAGAUGAGGGCGUCGUUUGCCUUUACUGUAGCUUUGAAGGCAAAAAUUCAAGAGAAUCUCUUCAUAUUCCUUAAACUGGUCCCCUGAUCGGUCUCGCAUUGGGCGCUUGAUGUCACAAAAAAAUACCAAAGGCAGCUCUUUUUUUUUUUUUUUUUAAGUGUUUGAAUUCUGCCUGCCUUUUGACGGAUUCCAUAUAAAACAUGCACUGACGCAUUGAGAUAAAAGAGUGUGAAAGCAGCCUAAUUGAUUUACUUAUUAAGCAAUAUUUUGAAAGGAAUUGUGUAACGCUGCAGGCUAUCAACGUUCAAAAAAGAAAACGGUGAGUGGCAAACAGAUCAGUGUCACCAAUCACAGCUCAGGUGAGCUCGUGUAUGAAGAAUUAGCUCUGUCCUCAACUUGGUACGUCUUAGCUUGAUGAACCCGUUAGUCUUCACCAUCGCGGAUUGACUGGUAACUGGAGUCUCAGUGGCGAUUUGCUAUGAAAAUUCAAUUGUGCUAUGUUUGUGCCUUUUAGAAGAAACU